CCAUGGUUGGACUUUGUGUGGGCAUGGUUUGGCACAAGAUGGGCGCACUGCACUUGUGAGGACGGUAUGUGGCGAUCACGCUCGUCGGCCCACGAGGCGUCGCCCACAGUGGCAGGACUGGUGAUUCCAAAGCCUUACGGAACAUCUGAUGCACGACGGGCUGCGCGCGCCGCGCACGCCCCCCGCGCGGGCGCGGCUCCGCCUAGAGCGCGCCCGGAGCGGACGCAGGGCCGUGCGGCCGCCAGGCUCAUGGCGAUGGUCCUGCGGCCCCCUUUGUUGAAAAGCUGCGCGGGGGCGCUUUCGGCCUGGCGUAGAUCCGUGCUCUGGGAGCAGCAGGAGCAGCGCCUGCGCCUCAGCUCGGCGCUGCUGUCGAUGGAGGACUCGGUGCUCAAGGCGGCGCGUGAGGCACCGGUGCUCACUGCUGCAGGGCACUUGGCGAAGGUCCUGCGGGGCGUCUGGGCCGCAAGACGCGCGGCGCAGCUGGGCAGUGCGCUGGAGCGCUGGCGCUGCCGCCAGGCCUGCAGCGCCGCCUGGCAGACGCGGCAGAAGGCCCUGGUGGCCGAGCUGCAGCGCCUGGCGGACGAGGACGCGGUGGUGUCUGUGAAGCUGAUGCAGGCGGCCGAGGCGGCCACGGAGCAAGCCAGGGCCUGGGCGCUGCGGGCGGCGAAUGCCGCGCUGCGGCGGGCGGCGGCGCUGAAGGCGUCCCAAGCCCUGGGCCAUUGGAAGGCCCAGGUGCGCAGCUGGGCGAACACGGCGCCCGCGGCGAUCGGAAGCCGAAGCCGCGGCGUCCGCCCGUCGCCGGUGAUCUGCCGCCUCUCGAAGCGGGCGUUGGCUCCCUGGUGGCUGGCCUGGAAGCGCGCCAAAAUCGCUGGGCGCCGCCAGGCGGCGGCGUGCGGUGGCCUGGCGCGCCAGUGUCGCUGCCUGGCGCUGCGGCGCGUCGGCGGGGCUUUCGCCUCGUGGCGCACCUUUCGGCCGACGAGGUCGGAGUACACGCAGAGCGACAGCGCGCAGGUGCAAAACCUUUCGGAGGCGGCCUUGGCCUCGGCGCCCCUGGCGAGCCGCGCGGACCGCCUGCUGCGGCUGAAGGUGCGCCUGGCCUGGCAUGAUGUAAGAUGUGCUCUUUGCGGCGAAGAAAGAUCUCAGGCGGACUUUGCCAGCAGGUGCAGCACUGCUUCUGCUGAUCCGGAAGGACCUGGGGAGGAGUUGACGGCUCUCCAGCGGCGCCUCGACAGGGGUUCUGCCUGCCUGCUGGAGUACGUGCUGGCUUCUUUGUGGCGUGCCCGCCUACGCGGCGCCUUGAACGCCAUGCUCGAAGCCGCGGCGGGUGACGGCUCGGACGGCUCGGAGGCUGGCCUGGACGUCAGCUUGCAGGAAGAUGUGCACGAAAAUGUGGUGGCGCAAAGGGGCAAGAGAUGGAGUCACCGAGCCCCGAUCUAG